UGAACCAUAUCUUUUUGACCAUAGUAUGCUUAGGUUGACUAGUAAACCAACCUCUUCUCUCAAAAAACAUCUCUAUUAAUUAUAACCCUCCAAUCCUUGUGUCUGUGUGUCUGUGUCUUCACCACAAAUCCAAAAAUGAUUCAUAACCAAUCCAUUUUCAUCUUCCUUUUCACCCUUUUCAUAGCUUCUCAUGCAGCUUCUCCUCCUGUUUCUGCUGCUGUUGCAUCAUGUCCUAUGGAUCUCAGCUAUGUUGAAACCUUUCCAUGGGACACAUCAACAUGCAGAGAUCCAAUUGACUCAGAACACUGUUGUCAAUCUCUUCUUAGUCUCUUUGGUAUAGGACUUGCAAAACAUCUUAAAGAAACAUUAAUCUUUCAACUUCCAAAUGAAAACAUUUCCUCAACAUGUUUACAAGAUUUCAAACUCAAACUUUCAUCUUUAAAAAUUCAACCAUCAUUAGUCCCUAGUUGUUUUCAAAACUCAACUCAAUUUGUCACAAACACUUCAAGUUGUGCAGGUAUAUCAAACAUCACAGAUUGGAAACAAAAAGUUGGUAUGUUAAGUCCUUUAGAUACUUCUUGUAAUGGUGAUUUAAGUUCUGAAACUAGUUGUAAUAUUUGUACUGAAGCUGGUUUUAAAGUCACUGCUCAACUUAGAAAUCUUUCUCCAAAAAAUUCUUCUAAGUGUUUUUACUAUUCAGUUUUAUAUGCUAUUGGUAUUGUGAAUCAAUUUGGUCCUACAGAUCCUGUUACAGCUGGUUGUAUACUUGGUAUGGCACUUUCCUCAAAAGGGUCAUCAAGUAAUGGAAAAAUUUUGAAACUUGUUUUUGGAUUAUUAGGUGCUGUUGUUGGUGUUAUUCUAGCUUUUGUGUUGAUUGUUAUGUAUAGAAAAUGGAAUAAGAUGAGAAGAGAAAAUCUUUAUCAUAGAUCAGUUGAAAAUAGUGUUAGAGACAGUGUUUUGCCUAAUACAGGUGCUAAGUGGUUUCAUAUAUCAGAACUUGAAAAAGCUACAAAUAAGUUUUCACAGAAGAAUAUGAUUGGUCAAGGUGGUGAUGGUGUUGUGUUCAAAGGAACACUUUCUGAUGGAACUUUAGUCGCGGUGAAAGAGAUUUUUGAUUUGGAUACUCGAGGCGAUGAAGAAUUUUGUUAUGAAGUUGAGAUUAUUAGCAAAAUUAAGCAUAGGAAUCUUCUUGCUUUAAGAGGAUGUUGUGUUACAAGUCAUAGUGUUAAAGGUAAAAGAAGGUUUUUGGUUUAUGAUUAUAUGCCAAAUGGAAGUUUAAGUUAUCAAUUAUCAAUUAAUGGUGCUAAUAAGUUAACUUGGCCACAAAGAAAGAAUAUUAUUCUUGAUGUAGCUAAAGGGCUAGCUUAUUUGCAUUAUGAAAUCAAGCCGCCGAUUUUUCAUCGUGAUAUUAAGGCGACUAAUAUACUUUUGGACUCAAAAAUGAAAGCAAAAGUUGCUGAUUUUGGAUUAGCAAAACAAGGUAAUGAAGGACAAUCUCAUCUUACAACAAGAGUAGCUGGUACAUAUGGUUAUUUAGCCCCUGAGUAUGCAUUAUACGGACAAUUAACGGAGAAAAGUGAUGUUUAUAGUUUCGGAAUUGUGAUACUUGAAGUAAUGAGUGGUAGAAAAGUUCUUGAUACAAUGAAUUCACCUGUUGUUUUGAUAACUGAUUGGGCUUGGACACUUGCAAAAUCAGGAAAAGUUAAUGAAAUAUUUGAUGAAGGAGUUAAAGAUGAAGGGCCAGAAAAAAUUAUGGAAAGAUUUGUACUUGUUGGAAUUCUUUGUGCUCAUGCAAUGGUUGCAUUAAGACCUACUAUUGCAGAAGCACUUAAGAUGUUAGAAGGUGAUAUUGAUAUUCCUAAUUUACCUGAUAGACCUGUUCCACUUGGUCAUGAAUCUUUUCAAUCUUCACUUAUGCAAGGAAGUGGAAGAACAACACCUUAUACUUCAUUUUAUUCUACUUCAAAUAUUAGUACAAUUAGUAGAAAUUGAAAAAUCAGUUUCAUUUGUGCAGUGUAGUUUGUAGGUUAGAUUCAUUAGGAUUGUUCUGAAAUUAUUUGAAGGUUCAAAUUAAAUGAACCUUCCAAGGCCAAAUUCAAUGUGAUGUAGUCAUAGAUAGAUACCUUGCAUUUUUGAAUACUUUUGUAAUGUGAUCCUAUACCAUUGUGGAAGAAAAUGUUUGAUUUUGUUACACACAACUAUAUUAUGUUUGAAUCUAGUUAA